GGAUCGCACAAUGUUUGAUCUGUCAAAAAAUGUCUUUUUGACGUGAUUUGCCGAUAAAAAUUAUUUGGAUAGUACAAUUUUAUAAACAUGGGAGGUUCUCAAAGCACUCGAAAAGUAACAGUUGAUAAUGAAAAUGCUAUCCAAGUGUCCCAAGAGGCAUUAGAUCGGAUACAAGCUCAGCUUAGUGCAAAACAAGCUGAAAAUCCAAAGGCCCAGCCUAUACCUCAGUACAUAGCUCCUCCGGUGUACGAACAACAGAAACCCCAGCACGAGUACGCAGCCGAGGAGGCGUACUGGGCGCGCCGCAUCGAGAGCUUGAAGAGGGCACACGAGAAAAUCAACAGCGGGAUGCAUAUGGAAUAUCAAAAAACAAUUAAAGAAGCCAAUGAUUUGUUCAAUACGGUCAAGGAUGAUAAAGUUGCAUCUAAAGUUGCACCCUGCCAAGAGGAAAAAGCUAAGGUUCUCCAGUGCUACAGUACAAAUCCUAAUAAAUCCCUUCUGUGUUCUGUGUUAGUGAAUGAAUUUAAUGACUGUGUAUGCAAGAGCCGAGUAGCAGCUGUCACGGCCUCAUCUUAACAACGGGAAUUGUGUAAAUAAUCGUUAUAGUAAAUGUUCGUCGACAUCCAAGCAAUACUGACUACAGAGGUUGCAUUCGGCCGCGGAGUAGAUUUAAUAUUAAUGCUGUAUCAAUAAAACUGUUAUUAAUUUA